ACGUAAGGAGCAAGAAGAUGGGGCAGGUUAGAACUCUUUUUGGGUUGGAUCUAAUUCUUCGAGCUGUUUGGAGUGGCCUCAGGUGUGCGUGCGACAGACUCCAGGUCAUAUGGGAGUCAUUUUUGUCGACAAUGGUACCGGACUAUUUCAAGUUGGUUCUAAUGCAAAAUCAAUGGAAGUAGAGAGUGGUGAGGAUUUUGUCAGGUCAAUCCAAAAGCAGCGCACUCUAAAUGCAAAUCAUUUAGGUGUCUUCUUUCCACUUUAUACAUUGACUGAUCCUCAACAGAAUGACUAUAUGUUUGUGAUGUGUUGUCUCACACUUGCUUGGAAGAUGAGAACGUCAACUUUCAAAUUUCUUGAGUUAAUGGAUGAAAUUGAGAAAUUUGACACAGCAGUUGUGCUAGCAAUGGAGCUAGACAUUUGCAAGAAGUUCAAAUGGCAAAUGCAGUCAAUGACUGCUAUUCGUUUCGUGGAGUAUUUUGUUCCCCAAGUCUUCUAUCACCGACUUGUUUAUCAGAUCAUUAUCAAUUCCCAUGCUGAUAUUGGAUUGACACAGUACAGUGCAUUUACUGUUGCAGCAGUUGCAGUUCUCAUUGGUUUGUCAACGUGUUUUCCUACUAAAUGCCAUGGAUUAAAACUAGUGAUGUUCUCGUUUGAAUUUCUCAGCUAUAUCAAGGUAACUAAGUCAUUACUAUUUACUGCACUCAAAAUUAAAUUAAAGGGGCACAUACCUAUAUAAAUUUCAGAUUGAGUUUUCUUUGACAUGUGUAAUUUAUAAAUGUGUUUGUAUAUAUAU